CUAGCACUGCCGCCCGCCCGCCGGCCAGAGCCCGCAGCAUGGCAGCCGCCGCCUAUGUGGACCACUUCGCCGCCGAGUGCCUCGUGUCCAUGUCCAGCCGCGCGGUCGUGCACGGGCCGCGGGAAGGGUCGGAGCCCCGGCCCGAGGGCGCGGCCGCCACCGCCGCCGCCGCCCCCACACUGCCCCGUGUUGAGGAGCGCCGCGAUGGCAAGGACAGCGCGUCGCUCUUCGUGGUGGCGCGGAUCCUAGCGGACCUCAACCAGCAGGCGCCGGCCCCCGCCCCCGCGGAGCGCAGAGAGGGUGCCGCCGCCCGGAAGGCGAGGAUCCCCUGCCGCCUGCCUCCCGCGCCGCCCGCGCCGCCGCCCGUCUCGGAGCCCGCUUCCCCCGGAGAAGGCGCGGCGGCCGCGCCCCCCAGCCCCGCGUGGAGCGAGCCCGAGGCGGGGCUGGAGCCGGAGCCGGGCCCCGCGGGGAACGGCGAGCCCGGCCUCAGACAAAGGGGUCGGCGGGGCCGAAGUCGUGCGGACCUCGAGUCCCCGCAGAGAAAGCACAAGUGCCACUACGCGGGCUGCGAGAAAGUUUACGGGAAAUCCUCGCACCUCAAGGCGCACCUGAGAACUCACACAGGUGAGAGGCCCUUCGCGUGCAGCUGGCAGGAGUGCAACAAGAAGUUCGCGCGCUCAGACGAGCUGGCGCGCCACUACCGCACGCAUACCGGCGAGAAGAAGUUCAGCUGCCCCAUCUGCGAGAAGCGCUUCAUGCGCAGCGACCACCUGACGAAGCACGCGCGCCGCCACGCCAACUUCCACCCGGGCAUGCUGCAGCGGCGCGGCGGGGGCUCGCGGACCGGCUCCCUCAGCGACUACAGCCGCUCCGACGCCAGCAGCCCCACCAUCAGCCCGGCCAGCUCGCCCUGAGUGCCCCUGCAGCGCGGCCAGGACCCCUCCGGACAAGGACCCGCCCCCCACAGCCAUGAGCGGGCUCUCUUCCUCCUGUCCAUCCCCACUCCUUCCUUUUGUAAUAGGAAAGCAGAGCUAAAACUUUAAAGUCCACAAAAACACUUUUCUCACCUCAGGUGUCAAGUCAAUUUGUAAAAAAAAAAAAAAGUUGUUUUUUUUUUUUUCAAAAAAAACCCCACCCACCACCCACAAAUUGCACAAUAGAGAAAUAGAGAUACCUACGAAGUUGAGGUUCAGCGGUGUUGACCCCCCCCCUUUCUCAGGGAUGGACACGUUCCAUGAGGUCAGUGAGGGCACCCCCUUCUGCCGCCUUACUCUGUACAUAGAUUUGCACUCUGGAGUUUUCUGUUAGGUUUCGGAACACACUGGGCAGAGCAAGCCAGUGCUGAGGGAGCUCAACAUCUGCUCCGCAGGUCAGUCCCUCAGCCCCCUGGGUACAGAUAAGGUCACUGACAUUGUGCUUCUGCGGUAAAUCCCUAAGGCAAGGCCUGUGUCCUCUUCAUCCUACCUAUCAACUCAGCACUGUCCCCUGCUCUGUGGCCUGGCUGAGCUCGCAGGUGGAUAUGAGGAAUGGGGCACCUCAAGAGGUAUGCCUUAAGCCAGGAUGGACCACAGGAGCUCACUACCUGGGGCACUUCCAACAGAGGCAUCUGCCCUCUGUGGCUUGCCCUGCCUGCCUCACUCUGUGCCUCCAGAAGCCCGCUUCCUGGGCCCUUCAGCGAACUGGAAGCCCAGAUGCCUCUAACAACCCAGCGGGACAGGGUCUGGGCCAUGCCAGCCUUACUGAAAGCACCUGGGACCCUUCACUUUUACACCAUGUUCUCAGACUGGCAAAUAAAGCCUGGGAAUUUGUUCUAAAAGGCGUCAGAGAAAAAUGGUGUUGAUUCCUCCAGUUUCCAAGCUCUCCUGCCCUAGGCAACUGUGGAGGAAACUUUGCUUGAAACAGUGAGCUGGGCGAUCCUGUCACCUCUUCAGUCUGUGGGUGUGGCCCUAUGUGAGAUGGCCCUCACAGCAUCAGACUGGUUAGUGGCAAGAGACCAAACAUUGUAAGUUGGAACUUUCUAGGAGUAGUAUGGCAGAUGUUAUGGGAAACGCUGUUGGAGAACAUGCAUUCUGCUUCCUCCCAGGGGAACACCAGAUGGAAGGUUGUGGGAACCAUUUCUCAGACCCUUGAGUUGGGGCGGUAAGACAGCAAACCUACAGCUUCGCACUUGCACUGGCGUGCUUUUCCCUUUCCCAGUUGCUGCUUCUGCCUGUCCUGCCUGGGAAGCUCCAGGCCACAUCCAGCCUGCUUGUAGGACAGCAGGAGCAGAAGCCAAGACUGUUUCUCCCAAGGCCUGACCUGGGCAGCAUUGGCUCCAGGUAGCCUCUGCAGACCACUGGAGCGUCUACCCACCUCAGCCUGCAGAGGCUCAGGCACUGCUUCCCUUUAUUCCCAAGAACUGGGGCCUAUGACUGCAAGGUCCCAGGACAGAAUAUAUGUAUGUGUGUGCGUGUGUAUGUAUGUGUGUG